AUGUUCCUGACCUACCUCACGACCGCAUGCGUGUACUUUGUGUACAUGGGCAUUGGACCCUUUAUGCUCAUGGCAGAGACUGAAGAACAUCUUGCAACAUGGCCGUAUCAAAUGCCUCAGGCUCUAGUUGCCUUCUCAGAGGUGUUGGCAUGUGCCAUUGGCCUUGCUGUGGGUGGUAUGGGCUGCUGGCAUUGGUAUCUGACAUUGACAGCUCAGACCACCCUGGAGCAAUACAACAAUAACUACAUCAAGGGUAUCUGCAAAAAGAGAGGAGACCGAUUCUUCAACAUGUACGACUUUGGGAUCAUCGGUAAUCUCCUCGACUUUUUCAAUAUCGGCAGACGAGGGAUCCCUCCGAUUGGAAACGGCAAGAGAUUUGAAAAGAGUGGGCAGGGCUAUGUGCUCGAUUUCGGACCAGACGAUGAAGACGAUAUCGUUUGA